AUGUACGCAAAACACAUCGACGACAGCGUCACCAAGGCCCGAAUCAACAUGGUCGACACGUCGAACCCCGAUUCGGCCAAGAUCGAAGCAUCAAUUAAUAGACUCCACCACCACAGCCACUGCAAUAAGGAAAAGGUUGAGAAAUUAGGUGCAAAACAGGUCAGACACAGGAGAAGACGUCUCAGCCAAACCGUCGCAGAAGCCUCGUCCCAGGUCAAACCAAACCCCGACACCAUCCCCAGAACCAUCUCUAGUGUCUCUCCAACCCUCUCGAGCUCCAGCACUUCUGGCUGUGGAAGCGGUAGGGAAAUCUCGUUAGAAGAUGGGACAAAAGUGUGUCGCAACUGCCCUGACUGCGACAAGAAAAAGACACCAGUGGAAGAACUGCACUUCCCCAAGGUCAACAUCGAGGUCCAGGAAGCUUCGACUCCUAUGGCAGAAUUGCAACGUGAAACAGAGAAGUUGUCGCUCGAUACCACUAAUAGCAUCAACAGUAUCCACACCACGGAAAUCGACUUCACAAACGUUUUCUAA